AUGCAGAUCCGAGGUAUCAUUUGUCCCAGCACAGAUGAGCGGAUCCACUUUCACCCGCAGCUCUAUCACUGCUUCGCUGCCCAAAGGUGGCACGAUAAGGAGCUGGUUGUUAUCGACACUGGCCGCAGACCAUCUCCCUUUCUACGCCGAAAGAUGUUGGAAGAUCAACGUGUCAUCUACCAACAUUUCGAGGUUUCAGCCACAGAGUGGUCGGUGGGCUUCAAGCGAAACCUUGCAAACCUCUUGGCCACAGGAGCCAUCAUUGCGCACUUCGACGACGAUGAUUUCUAUUCUCCCGAGUAUUUGGACUUUAUGCUGGAAGGUUUGCAAAAUGCAGCCGCUGUGACGCUGGCCAGUUGGUUUGUCCUGGAUGCUUGUACUGGAUACUUGGCACGUGUGACCCCCAAGGAGGAUGGAUCAGAGGACAGCUGGCUGCUGGGCUAUGGUUUUUCCUAUGUCUAUCGGCGUGCCGCAGCCCUGGCCCAGCCCUUUCCCCACGUCCACUUUGGGGAGGACUUUGCCUUCCUUUCCACGUUGCGCAAUGCUGGACAUGGUGUUCGUACCAUCCAUGAUGAGGAGGGCCAUGUCCUUCACCUGCAGCAGGGGCUGAACCUGUCACAUUCCCAUGGGCAGGAGGUUCCGUUGCGAAGGCUUUGGGAGAUGCCUGUGGCAAAGAUCCCAGCAUUUCCUCCGGUGCGGCGCAUGGACUUCAUCGCAUCUUCAUUCAUCAGUGUGGGUUCGGCCCAUGGCCUCUACUUGCGGCCGCCACCUUUGCUGGACCUUGGGAGCAUGCGCCGGGCCUUGCGAGAGAUGGGAGUGCUUGGAAUCUCCGAGUCACAGCUGCAAGGGCAAGAAGAGCCCGGUGAUGUUCUCCUCAGUUAUCGACUUCGACACCGCUCGGAGCUUUUUGUGGAACCAGGACGCAUCUUCGGAGCUCAGCGGCGCUGGAGUAGCGCUGUGCCAUUGCCCCAAGACGUGACCAAGCAGAGUUCUGGAGAACAGUUGGCACUGAGGCAUGUGAUGCAGCAAUUGCUGAGUCGAUGCCCUCCGCGUUUAUCUGCCUUUAAAGAAUACGAAGGAUUCAUUCGUCUUGAAGCGCUGUUUGCCUCGCACAUAGCUUUACUUGCGACAAUCUGGAGAAUGUCGUGCCUCUUCCCACGGGUCCGCUUUGAGAUGUGCAUUCAUGCGGAGGAUCCAGUCUAUCUUAGCGAAAUGAGUGCCUUCAAACAGAGAGUGGCAUCCAUGCAGCUGUUGAUGCAGGUCAUCUCGAAGCCCUGA